GUGAAAUUUUUAAAACUCAAUUUGGCAUCGUCUAGCAGAAGACGUGCUUUGCCACGAAGAAGAAGCGUUAUAUGAAUAGAAGGAUAGACCCGCAGUUCAGAGGAAAAGACCAUGUCGAAUAACGGGGCGUCUGACGAAAAACGAGCCAAACUAGCUGAGCAGGGAGAAUUGUCUCCAGUGGCAACCGAAGAUGACGCUGUAUACCAAGCGGCCCUCGAGGAAAUCGAUGAUUGUCAGAGCCAGAUUGAUAGUCUGAAUGAACAAGCCUCUGAAGAAAUCCUUGCAGUGGAAGUCCGUUUUAAUACUCUCAGGAAACCACAUUACACCAAACGAGCAGAGAUCAUAGCAAAAGUUCCCAGGUUCUGGAUCACAACGUUUAUGAAUCAUCCUCAACUCUCCCUAACGAUUCCAGAGGAACAACAACACUGUCUACAAGACCUGCAAAAUUUGUUGAUAGAAGAAUUUGAAGAUAUUAAAAAUGGUUAUAAGAUAAUCUUGAAGUUUAACCCAAAUAACCCUUAUUUUGAGAAUGAAAGCCUCAUCAAAGAGUACCGUUUGGAAGGCAAUGGGCAGCCAAAAAGUGUAGUUACACCAAUCAAAUGGAAACCAGGCAAAAAUUUCUUAGCUGACAAUGCAGACAAAGGGUCCAGAAAAAGAAAGGCAUCUGAUUCCUCAUUCUUUUCUUGGUUUACUGACUCUAAUCAUUCCAGCCUUGAUGAAAUAGCCGACAUUUUGAAAGAUGAAAUUUGGCCCAAUCCUCUCCAAUUCUUUAUGAUGCCUGAAGCCCUUUCAGAGGAAGGUGACGAUGACGGUGACGUGGAGGAUGAAGAGGACGAAGAGGAUGAAGAAGGUGAUGUGGAAGGAGACGCCGAAGGAGAAUCGAAUUACGACACUGAUUAAACAUGCCAAUGCCGCUUUUGCGUUGUUUCAAAUCCUUGUAUUGUAUGUCAAUGUGCCGAAAAGAUGCGAGUCAGAAUCCAGAAUGAAAGUGAGCAAUGCCUUUUUUUAAAUAAAAGAAAAUCGGUA